UUUUUUUUUUGGCUUUUACAUAAUUUCCUUUCCUUUUCCGUUGCUCUGUUUCAAAACUCUGCAGACUCUCUGCAAAACCAAGAGAAGAGAGAGAGAAAAGAAAAAGAAAAAAGAAAGUAAAAGCACACAAAACAGAGCAAAGUAAGCAAAACAAAAAAAGUUGAAGGGGAAAAAAAACGCGCAAACCCUAACCACCACUGUGUCAUUUUCCUUCACUUCCAUGGAAAACCCACCACAUUCUCGCCAACCAAACAUGCUUUCCAAGAAGAGCUGUAAUGGCAGCUCUAACAAGUCCAUUUAUGACGAUGUGUUUGGUGGUCCACCGCGGUUUGGAGCCCCGACACUGUCGCCUCGGGUCGAAGACUACAGCGAGAUUUUUGGUGGGUUUCACUCCUCAACUGGCUCCUCUAUUCCUGUGCUUGAUCUUCCGUUGGUUGAUGAUGACGCUGCCGAUGUUUUCUUUGAUGUUCGUAGCUCUGGGUUUGACUACGCUGAGGUUUUUGGAGGAUACAAUGGGCAUGAUUUUGGUUUGUCUUUUGAUGAGUUGAUGAUGAUGGACCAAUCCAACGGUCAUGCUGAUUCUUCUGAUGACGAGGAGGCUUGGACUCCAGCAGACGCAGAUAAUCUAUCAGAAGAGUCUGAUCAUUCUGCAAAGGACCAAUGCUUAUCAAAUGGAGAUUCACAUGAGUCAAUUGAUGAUGGUGUUGAGUUCAACAUAUCAUACAAUAAAGCUAGUCAAAGAGUCAAUGAAGAUUUGUCAAACGGGGUUGUGCACAUAACUCAGCACCAUGAUGUUUCUGGCUAUACUUUUGUGGUUGAUAAAACCACUUCCUUGCCAGCAAUAGACAAUGAGUACCAGCUCCUGCAGGAAAGCGAUGAUGAUCAUCUCAGUAUCAACUGUAGUGGGGAAAUGUUGAGGGGUAGGCAUCUCAAAAAAGUCAUGUCACACCCAGCCAAUGGCAGUACUGGUGAACUAUUAUUUGGUAAUGACAUGAGACCGCACAGGGAAUUUUUCAGAAAUAGUUCUCUUCCUAGUCAGAUGUUUGUAACCAUUUCAGAUGUCAGCCUUAGAACUCAACCCUCUGAUCUGCCUCCACCUUCUAGACCACCACCAGCAUUCGACAACAAAAAGGGAGGUUCUGGUAAAGCAACUCCAUCCUGUAAAAGUGCUACUUCUGAAGAGACUACUGGUGAUUGUUCUCCUCCUUACUUUGAUGUAGAGGUAGAUGCGAGUUCAUCCGCUGCAGUCUCUGCAGCUGCUAUGAAAGAAGCAAUGGAGAAAGCUCAAGCAAAGCUAAAAAGUGCAAAAGAAUCCAUGGACAGGAAGAGGGAGGGUUUCCAAACCCGAACAAAAUCAGUUUCGAAGAAUGAGAGAAAAGACGAGGAAGACGAAGUGAGUAAACUUGAUAAUGGCUGUGCUAGCAGAAACACUAUGAGAGGGCAGGUCAGUUAUAGAGAAGAGAGUGAACUGGAUUAUUCUAUUUCAGAGAAGCAAAAUAUUAAAAAGAUAACCCAGCUAAUUUUGGAGUCAAUAGGAGAGAAAAAUCAUCCAAAUGUGGUCAAAGUAGCUGCAGAGGAGAAUAAUGGAAGGGAAUCAUUGUCAUCUCAAGGGUCUGACAGUAUUGAUGGAGCUGGUGAAUGGAAAGAGGCCACUCAAUUUUUUGAAUUGGUAACAAAUAAACCUAGAAAACUCUUUGGCCUUGAAAACAAUCACAAUAUUUUGGUGCCUGAUUCAAAUUUUCAUCAGCAUGGAAAGGAGAAAAAGAAGGAGACUGUGGAAGCAAUGCAGCGGCUUCAAGAAAAUGACAAGAAAGUAAAAGCAGUUAGAGCAGAUAAUCAACUGAAGGAAUAUCCAAAGGCAUCUCAGAUGUCAAAGGAAGCUUUUGACUGUGAGAUAAUCUCUGGGAAAUCAGAAGAGGCGAACAAACUGAAAGUUGAUAAGAAGGUACAAGUUGCUCAAGAGGCUUCUAGACAGGUUGCCAAUGAAAAGAAAUUUGAGACUUACUGGCAACCUGUAGAAACUGACAAGAAACAAACUAGACCUGUUGUUUCUUUGAAACAUGAGAGCUCUUUAGAGGUUCAACAGAAAGAAAGUACAUCUGCAGUCAGGCAGAGUAUGAAGCAUAAGGAGAAAGGAUCAUGGCUAAAGAAGGGUGAUAGAAGUAAGGGAGAUGUGAAAAUAUUCACUUGUGAACAGGAAGACAGUGAAAGGGGACAGAGAAAGACUUUUGAGCUUGAAGAAAAUGAGAAAAUGCUUACUCUAUCUCUUGAACAAGCAGAAAAUGAGAGAACACUGAAGAAGACUCCUGAUCAGGAAGAAAAAGAGAAGAUGAUAAAGGCAGUUCGUAAACAGGAAGAAUAUGAGAAGUUGCAGAGAGAGGCUUAUGAAAGAGAAGAAAAUGAUAGGAGACUGAAAGAGGCUUUGGAAGAGGAAGAGAAAGGCAGGAGAAUGAAGGAGACUCGUGAGAAAGAAGAGAGGUUGAGGAGACAAAGAGAGACUCUUAAAUGGCAAGAAAAUGAGAAGAGAGAAAUUGAGGCUCGUGAAAGAGAAGAAAAUGAGAGGAAAAAAAGAGAAGCUCGCGAAAGAGAGGAAAGUGAGAAAAAACUAAAAAAGGCUGUGGAGAAGGAAGAGAAGGAGAGGAGACUGAAAGAGACUCUUGAGAAGGAAGAGAGGCAGAGGAGGCUACGAGAGGCUGUUGAACAGGAAGAAAACACAAAGAAAGAAAGAGAAGAAUAUGAGACGAGAAAAGAGGCUCUUGAGAAGGAAGAGAGGCAGAGGAGACGAAGAGAGGCUGUUGAACGGGAAGAGAACGUGAAGAGAGAGAGAGAACAAAAUGAGAAGAGACUAAAAGAGGCUGCUGAAUGGGAAGAGAAUUUGAAGAGAGAAAGAGAACAGAAUGAGAAGAGACUAAAAGGGGCUCGUGAGGAGGAAGAGAACAAAAGGAGACUAGAAGUGGCUGUUGAACAGGAAGAGAAUGAAAAGAGACAAAGAAAGUCCGGUGAAAGAGCAAAAAAUGAGAACAAACAGAAAGAGGCUUAUGAAAGAGAGGAAAGUGAGAUGAGAUGCAAAGAGGCUUCUGAAAAAGAAGAAAUUGAGCAAAGAAUUAAAGAGGUGCCUGAAAAUGAAGUUGGAGAGAGAAUGGAAGAGGUAAGUGAGCAACCAGAAAACUACACGACUUCAAGAGGGGCUCAGGAAGUAAAAGGAAGUAAACCAGCACCAAAAGAAGACCAUAAUCCAGAAGAGAUUGGGGAAUUGACCCAAGCUGGAAGCAAGUGGGAAGAGUCACAGAAACUGCAUGUGGACAGUGGUGAGAGUGGAAAGAGAAAGGGACUGAGCAAGCACGAGAGGAACAGUGAAAUAUUUGAAGCAACUGUGGAGAUACCUUUUGGAGAAAUUAGCAAGAAAUUUACUGAACUCAGAAAUGGUGAAAAGGAAGCAGCAUCUGGCAUAGUCCAAGGCAACUUAGAACAUGGAAGGAGCCAGUCCCCAAUGGAAGAUGUUACUGGCAUUGAACAGAAGACCAAUGAGAAAACUAGAAGUAGCUUCCAAGUAAACCCAGAUAUUGGAAAUCAAGGGAAGAAAUUUGCUAAUGAAAGGAGUGAGCGAGGAAUUAAUACUGAGCCAGCCCAAGUUCCCUUAAAUCAAGGAAACAACAAGGAUAUUCUUAUGUCAGCCAGAGCGGCAAGAGAGUCGGCUGAAACUGGAAGGAAAAUGGAAGGAGCUCAGCCAGCUAUAUUGGAAGUGAAAGGAAGCACAUCAAAAACAGCUCAGCAGGUUAAUGCAACUCAGAGUACUGAAAGAAAUGUGAAGACUUCUUAUGAGGCCUUUUUGUCAGAAGACAAAGAAGCUGAAAGGUUGAAAACAGAGAGAGAGUUGGAGAGGGAACAUCUCAGAAAGAUAGAAGAAGAAAAAGAGAGGGAAAGGGAAAGAGAAAAGGAUAGGAUGGCUGUUGAUAGAGCAGCACUUGAAACACGUGAAAGGGGAUUUGCUGAAGCUCGUGAGAGGGCAGAAAGGGCUGCUGUUGAAAGAGCAACUGCUGAAGCUCGACAAAGGGCACUGAAUGAGGCCCGCGAAAGAUUAGAGAAGGCAUGUGCAGAGGCUAGAGAAAAGACCUUACCUGAAAAGGCAUCUGCAGAGGCUCGGCUCAGGGCAGAGCGUGCUGCAGUAGAGAGAGCAACAGCAGAGGCACGAGAGCGUGCUUUUGAAAAAGCAAUGGCUGAAAGGGCUGCUUUUGAGGCAAGAGAGCGAAUAGAAAGAUCUGUUUCAGAUAAAUUCUCUUCUUCUUCAAGGAAUGUCGGAAUGAGACCAAGCUCUUCAUCCUCUGAUCUGCAAGAUCUGCAAUCUAAAGGCACAGGCCCAGUUAGUGGUUCAAAAUAUCAAUAUCCCUCAGCCUGUACUGAAGGAUUUGAAGGAGUUGAAGGUGAAUCAGCUCAGAGAUGUAGAGCUAGAUUAGAGAGAUAUCGAAGAACUGCUGAACGUGCGGCAAAAGCCUUGGCAGAGAAAAACAUGCGCGAUCUUCUUGCUCAAAGAGAACAAGCAGAGAGAAAUAGGUUAGCAGAAACUUUGGAUGCUGAUGUUAAGAGGUGGUCAAGUGGGAAAGAAGGAAACCUGCGAGCAUUGCUUUCGACUUUGCAAUAUAUACUUGGACCCAAUAGUGGUUGGCAGCCAAUUCCACUUACAGAAGUUAUAACUGCAGCUGCUGUAAAGAAAGCUUACAGGAAAGCCACUCUCUGUGUCCAUCCUGACAAAUUACAACAACGUGGCGCAAGUAUUCAGCAGAAAUACAUAUGUGAGAAGGUGUUUGAUCUUCUGAAGGAAGCUUGGAAUAAAUUCAACUCGGAGGAGCGAUAGCCUAGAGUAUAUAUUAUAUAUAUAUAUAUAUAUAUAUAUAUGGUGAUUACAGUAGAUCACCCCAUUUUGUAUAUAUAUAUUGCAAGUAAAUAUCUUUAUAUGCAUUUAAUUUCUCUUGUAGUUUCUGAAUGUCAUUUUCUGCAAGAAGAAACAGGAUUUUAACAAGUAUUAUUCAAGGAAAAAUUGCCCAGUUUCUGAGUUCCACAGAGUUGCCACUUCUUUACUUCUGGCCCAAAAGGCCCUUGAGAGACAUUGGACCCAUCUCAAUGUUCAAGGAAAGGCAGAAGAAAGGGGAUUUUUGUUGUUUUGCAGGAAAUUCUUGAGAACUCAACUGGUUAUUAUUGGGGGCUCCUUGAGCAAAUACUUCAACAAUAUUUGGUUUCUGUAGAAAAGGAAAGGGAAUGCAAUUCCUUAAUUAGAUUACAAUUCCAGUCUCCUGGUUUGUAAAAAGGAAAUUAUUUUUAUAAAAUUGAGUAUAAGUUCAUAUUAUAAACAAUAUAAGCAUGCAUUUAGAUGCACGCUAUAGAUUUCCAUUUCGAACAAUAGAAGAACUGCGGCACGGUAAUACUAUUUGUUUUCCUCUA